CACUUCCCCAGCCUUUCAAGAUAGGUUCUGCUCCAAAAAGGUCAACCUGGAGGUGGAAACCCCAGGCCGAAGUUAGGGGCCCGUGCACACAUAGUCUUGCUGGGGCUCUAGGCCAUUUCUUCCCUCCUAGACCCCCAGGAGGUGAAAGGCUCACCGAGAGGGUGGGUCACAGGCCUGACUUUGCUGCAGAGAAAAGCCCGAGGCCCUGCAUCUCCGGGAGGGAGGUUCCUGAGUUUAUUGAAGAGGAAGGAAAAGAAGUGGUUUCACCUUUGGGAGUGCUGUCUUCGCACUGGCUGCCCCCGGGCCUGGGGUUGCAUCAUGACCCCAUAGAUCCCGUGAAGUUCAAGGUGUUUUCUGGAGCAGCCUAGUCCUGCUCUGCCUGGAGCCAAGAGUCUCUGCUGUGGGUUUCAUGCUGCAGCGGGGACCAUGGCAGCCUCCAGGACGGCCUCUCGGUCUCCGCGGGACAUUGCCAACGUGAUGCAGAGGCUGCAGGAUGAGCAAGAGAUAGUACAAAAACGAACUUUCACAAAAUGGAUCAACUCUCAUCUGGCCAAGCGGAAACCCGCACUGGUGGUAGAAGAUCUUUUUGAGGACAUGAAAGAUGGCGUUAAGCUGCUUGCCCUCCUGGAAGUCCUGUCGGGGCAGAAACUGCCGUGUGAACAAGGACGCCGUAUGAAGCGGAUCCACGCUGUGGCUAACAUCGGCACCGCGCUGAAGUUCCUUGAAGGAAGGAGGAUCAAAUUAGUCAACAUUAACUCCACUGAUAUUGCCGACGGCAGACCCUCAAUAGUUCUGGGACUGGUGUGGACCAUUAUUCUCUACUUCCAGAUCGAGGAGCUGACCAGCAACCUGCCGCAGCUGCAGACCCUGUCCAGCAGCACGUCCUCUGUGGACAGCACGGUCAGCUCCGAGGCCGCCAGCCCCCCCAGCAAGCGGAAGGUGGCCACCAAGAUCCAAGGAAACGCCAAGAAGGCUUUGUUAAAGUGGGUUCAGUACACAGCAGCCAAGCAGACUGGAAUAGAAAUCAAAGACUUUGGGCGGAGUUGGAGGAACGGGGUUGCCUUUCAUUCAGUCAUCCAUGCUAUACGGCCAGAGCUAGUGGACUUGGAGAGGGUGAAAGGAAGGUCCAACCGAGAAAACCUGGAGGAGGCUUUCACCAUUGCUGAAACGGAGCUGGGGAUCCCCAGGUUACUAGAUCCUGAAGAUGUUGAUGUGGAUAAACCAGAUGAGAAGUCUAUUAUGACCUAUGUAGCCCAGUUUCUGAAACACUAUCCUGACGUCCACAAUACAGGCACUGAUGGGCUAGAGAAUGAUGAAAUAUUUCCAGAUUUCCUACUUUUUGCAAAUUCUAUCCAAAAUCUUAAGAGAGAAGACAGGCUAAUGCUGAAGGAAACGAAAGUUUGGAUAGAGCAAUUCGAAAGAGAUUUGACAAGGGCACAGAUGACAGAAGCAAACUUGCAGGAUAAAUAUCAGUCAUUCAAGCACUUCAGAGUCCAAUAUGAAAUGAAAAGGAAACAGAUUGAACAUUUAAUACAACCAUUACAGAGAGACGGUAAAUUGUCACUUGACCAAGCAUUAGUGAAACAGUCCUGGGAUCGAGUGUCCUCCAGGCUCUUUGAUUGGCAUAUACAGCUGGAUAAAUCUCUCCCUGCGCCUCUGGGCACUAUAGGUGCCUGGUUGUACAGAGCAGAGGUGGCCCUGCGGGAGGAAAUAACCACUCAGCAGGUCCAUGAGGAAACCGCCAACACAAUACAGCGGAAGCGUGAGCAGCACAAGGAUCUGCUUCAAAACACAGAUGCCCACAAAAGAGCCUUCCAUGAAAUCUACCGGACCCGGUCGGUCAACGGCAUCCCAGUGCCACCUGACCAGUUAGAGGACAUGGCCGAGAGGUUUCAUUUCGUUUCCUCCACAUCAGAACUGCACUUAAUGAAAAUGGAAUUUCUAGAAUUAAAGUACCGUCUGCUCUCACUGCUGGUUCUUGCAGAGUCGAAGCUGAAGUCUUGGAUCAUCAAAUACGGGAGGAGAGACUCGGUGGAGCUGCUGCUGCAGAACUACAUCACUUUUAUAGAAAAUAGCAAGUUCUUUGAGCAAUAUGAAGUGACAUACCAGAUCUUGAAACAGACAGCAGAGAUGUACGUCAAAGCUGAUGGUUCAGUGGAAGAAGCCGAGAAUGUGAUGAAAUUCAUGAAUGAAACCACUGCGCAGUGGAGGAACCUGUCGGUGGAAGUCCGCAGCGUGCGGAGCAUGCUGGAGGAAGUCAUCGCCAACUGGGAUCGCUAUGGCGACACCGUGGCUGGGCUGCAGGCCUGGCUAGAGGAUGCCGAAAAAAUGCUAAGUCAAUCGGAGCUUGCCAAAAAGGACUUUUUUCGAAAUUUGCCUCAUUGGAUACAGCAACACUCUGCCAUGAACGAUGCUGGCAAUUUUCUCAUUGAAACGUGUGACGAGGUGGUUUCCCGUGACCUUAAACAGCAGUUAUUAUUGCUCAAUGGGCGUUGGAGGGAGUUGUUCAUGGAAGUCAAGCAAUAUGCGCGAGCUGAUGAGGUGGACAGGAUGAAGAGGGAAUACACAGACGGUGUCACUGCCCUGUCUGACUUUGCAACUGAAGCCCACAGGAAGCUUUCUGAACCCUUGGAAGUCUCUUUUAUUAACGUCAAGUUAUUAAUUCAAGACCUGGAGGACAUUGAGCAGAGGAUACCUGUGAUGGAUGCUCAGUACAAGAUCCUCACAAAGACAGCGCACCUCGUUACCAAAGAGAGCUCCCAAGAGGAAGCUAAGGAAAUGUUUGCGACCAUGUCUGGGCUCAAAGAGCAGCUGACCAAGGUCAAAGAACGUUACUCCCCACUCCUGUAUGAGUCUCAGCAGCUGUCAGUUCUGCUGGAGGAAUUAGAGAAGCAGAUGACGCUCUUCUAUGACUCACUUGGGAAAAUCAGUGAGAUUAUAACAGUGCUUGAGCACGAGGCGCAGUCUAGUGCUCUUUUUAAACAAAAACACCAGGAGCUGCUAGCUUGCCAGGAAAGCUGUAAGAAGGCCAUGGCACACAUUGAGAAAGGCAGUCAGAGUGUUCAGAAGUUUGUGACCUUGAGCCACGUGCUGAAGCAUUUUGAUCAGACGAAGCUGCAGAGAAAGACUGCCGAAGUCCACGUGGCCUUCCAGAAUAUGGUCAAGAAAACUGGAGACUGGAAGAAACAUGUGGAAACCAACAGCCGCCUGAUGAAGAAGUUUGAGGAGUCGCGGGCGGAGCUGGAGAAGGUGCUGCGGGUGGCGCAGGAGGGCCUGGAGGAGAAGGGGGACCCGGAAGAGCUCCUGCGGAGACACACCGAGUUCUACGGUCAGCUGGACCAGAGGGUGCUCAACGCCUUCCUGAAAGCCUGCGACGACCUCACAGACAUCCUGCCUGAGCAGGAGCAGGCGGGCCUGCAGGAGGCGGUGAGGAAGCUGCACAAGCAGUGGAAGGAUCUUCAAGGAGAAGCCCCAUAUCAUUUGCUCCAUCUGAAGAUCAAGGUGGAGGAGAAUAAAUUCUUGGCCUGUGUGGAAGAAUGCAGAGCUGAGCUGGCCCGGGAGACUAAGCUGGUGCCCCAGGAAGGCAGUGAAAAGAUGAUUAAAGAGCACAGGAUCUUCUUCAGUGACAAAGGGCCGCAUCACCUCUGCGAGAAAAGGCUGCAGCUCAUUGAGGAGCUGUGUCUGAAGCUCCCAGGCCGGGACCCAGUAAGGGACACGCCUGGAGCCUGUCAGGCGACGCUCAAGGAGCUCAGGGCUGCCAUCGAGAGCACCUACACGCAGCUGGCGGAGGACCCCGACAAGUGGAAGGACUACACCAGCAGAAUUUCCGAGUUCUCAUCUUGGAUCGCUGCAAAGGAGACACAGCUGAAGGGGAUUAAGAAGGAGGCCAUCGAUACCGCCAACCAUGGAGAGGUGAAGCGGGCGGUUGAGGAGAUAAGAAAUGGUGUUACCCAAAAAGGCGAGACUCUCAGCUGGCUGAAAUCCAGGCUUCAAGUUUUGAUUGAAGUUUCUUCUGAGAAAGAAGCCCAGAAGCAGGGCGAUGAGCUGGCGAAAGUAUCUAGUUCCUUCAAAGCUCUCACAGCUUUAUUGUCAGAGGUUGAAAAGAUGUUAAGCAGUUUCGGGGACUGUGUCCAGUACAAAGAAAUCGUCAAGAGUUCCCUCAAAGAGUUAAUUUCUGGUUCCAAGGAAGUCCAGGAGCAAGCGGAGGAGAUCUUGGACACGGAAAACCUGUUUGAAGCGCAGCAGCUACUUCUUCAUCACCAGCAAAAGACAAAGAGAAUCUCUGCAAAGAAGAGGGACGUGCAGCAGCAGAUGACGCAGGCCGGGCAGGGAGAAGGCGGGCUGCCUGGCCCGGUGCAGGAGGAGCUGCGGAAGCUGGAGAGCACCCUGGACGGCCUGGAGCGCAGCAGGGAGAGGCAAGAGCGCCGCAUCCAGGUCACAUUAAGAAAAUGGGAGCGAUUUGAAACCAACAAAGAGACAGUGGUCAGAUACCUUUUCCAAACAGGUUCCAGCCAUGAGCGCUUCUUGAGUUUUAGCAGUUUGGAAAGUUUGUCUUCAGAACUGGAACAGACAAAGGAGUUUUCUAAGCGGACAGAAGGUAUUGCAGUCCAGGCUGAGAGCCUUGUGAAGGAAGCUUCAGAGAUACCACUUGGGCCCAAGAAUAAGCAGCUGCUCCAACAGCAGGCCAAGUCAAUCAAAGAACAAGUCAAAAAGUUAGAAGACACCCUCGAAGAAGAUAUUAAAACCAUGGAAAUGGUGAAAAACAAGUGGGAACAUUUUGGCAAUAAUUUUGAGACCCUGUCCGUCUGGAUAACUGAGAAAGAAAAAGCACUCAAUGCCUUGGAAACCUCGCCAUCUGCCAUGGACAUGCAAACCAACCAGAUUAAGGUCACGAUUCAGGAAAUAGAAAGUAAGAUCGGCAGCAUCACAGGGCUGGAAGAAGAAGCGCAGUCUUUCGCCCAGUUUAUUACCACUGGAGAAUCAGCCCGCAUCAAGGCCAAGUUGACACAACUAAGAAGAUACUGGGAAGAACUUCGAGAGCACGCACAGGGUCUGGAAGGAACAAUCCUGGGACAGGUCUCUCAGCAGCAAAAGUUUGAAGAGAAUCUUAGAAAGGCCCAGCAGUCUGUGUCUGAAUUUGAAGAUAAACUUGCUGAUCCAAUUAAAACAUGUUCUUCAGCUACAGAAACAUACAAAGCUCUCCAAGAACAUAUGGAUCUCUGCCAGGCCCUGGAGUCCCUGAGCAGUGCCUUGGCCGCUCUCUCUGCUGGUGCCCAGAAGGUCGUGAGCAGAGGCUGCUCCGUCCAGGAGGCCGCAGCCCUGCAGCAGAGAUACCAGGGGCUGCUGAGUCGGGCGAAGGAGAGACAGACGGCGCUGGAGAACCUGCUGGCCCACUGGCAGCGGCUGGAGAAAGAGCUGUCGACCUUUCUGACCUGGCUGGAGCGCUGCAAAGCCAUAGCCAGCUCCCCGGAAGUGGAUGUCACUGCAGACAGGGUCAAAGUGGAGAGCGAACUUCAAUUGACACAGGCACUGCAAAGUGAAGUUGUUUCCCAGGCCUCCAAUUACAGCAACCUUGUGCAACUGAAGGAAUCACUGUUCUCAGUGGCCUCCAAAGAUGAUGUGAAAACGAUGAAACUACAUUUGGAGCAGUUGGAUGAGAGAUGGAGAGUUUUGCCACAGAUACUUAGCAAAAGGCUUCACUUCCUGCAGUCUGUGGUCGCUGAGCACCAGCAGUUUGAUGAACUGCUGCUUUCCUUCUCUGUCUGGAUUAAGCAGUUUCUUGGUGAAUUACAAGCCACGUCUGAGAUCAGCUUAAUGGACCAUCAGGCAGCUGUAACCCGGCACAAGGACCACGCAGCAGAAGUCGAAAGCAAAAGGGGGGAACUGCAAAGUCUGCAGGGGCACCUCGCGAAGCUGGGCGCUCUGGGUCGAGCCGAGGACCUUCACGUCCUGCAGGGCAAAGCAGAGGACUGCUUCCAGCUGUUCGAGGAGGCCGGCCAGGUGGUGGAGAGGCGGCAGCUGGCCCUGGCCCAGUUGGCUGGGUUCCUGCAGAGCCACACCUCUCUGUCAGAGGCGCUCCACCGGCUGAGGCAGACGGUGGAAGCAACCAACAGUAUGAAUAAGAAACAGACUGACUUAUUAGAAAAGGACCUGCAUGAUGCUAUUCAAGACGUGAAGACGUUAGAAUCUACGGCCAUCGCUCUGGACGGCAUUCUCACCAAAGCCCAAUACCAUCUUAAAUGUGGAAGCUCUGAGCAAAGGACUUCCUGCCGAACCUCAGCUGAUCACCUCUGCUUGGAGUUAGAGAGGAUCCAGAACCUUCUGGGAACCAAGCAGAGUGAGGCAGAUGCCCUGGCAGCAUUGAAGAAAGCAUUCCACGACCAGAAAGAGGAGUUGCUGAAAAGCAUCGAGGACAUCGAAGAGAGGGCUGACAAAGAGCGUCUGAAAGAACCCACCCGCCAAGCGCUCCAACAGAGGUUGAGAGUCUUCAAUCAGUUAGAAGAUGAACUGAAUUCUCAUGAGCAUGAGUUAUGUUGGUUGAAAGACAAAGCUAAGCAAAUUGCUCAGAAAGAUGUAGCCUUUGCACCUAAAGUUGAUACAGAGAUAAAUCGCUUAGAGGUCACCUGGGAUGAUACCAAAAAGCUAAUUCAUGAAAACCAGGGCCAAUGCUGUGGGCUUAUUGACUUAAUGAGAGAUUAUCAGAACUUGAAGUCAGCUGUAUCUAAAGUUCUAGAACAUGCCAGCAAUGUGAUUGCAACCAGAACUACUAUAAAGGAUGAGGAGGAUCUUAAAUGGGCCUUAUCCAAGCAUGAAACUGCCAGGAACGAAAUAUGUAAAGAGCAGAAAGAAUUGGAUGACUUUACCAGUAAAGGAAAACAGUUGUUAUCUGAGCUGAAAAAAAUUCACAGUAGUGAUUUCAUCUUGGUGAAAACAGACAUGGAGAGCACUAUGGACAGAUGGCUGGAUGUGUCAGAGAGAAUCGAGGAAAACAUGGAUCGGCUGAGGGUAAGCCUGUCCCUUUGGGCUGAUAUUCUCUCGAGUAAGGAUGAAAUCGAAGGCUGGUCGAACAGUUCUGUCCCUCAGCUGGCGGAGAGCAUCAGCAACCUGAACAACAGCCUCAGAACAGAGGAGUUCCUGAAGGAGUUUGAGUCUGAAGUUAGAAACAACGCAUUGAAACUGGAAGACCUUCAUGCUAAAGUGAAUGACCUAAAAGAAUUAACGAAAAAUCCAGAAACUCCAUCAGACCUUCAGUUUAUAGAAGCGGACCUAAGGCAGAAACUGGAGCACGCCAAAGAAAUUACCGAAGACGCCAAAGGGACCUUGAAAGAUUUCAGGGCUCAGAGCACACAAGUGGAGAAAUUUAUUAACGACAUAACAACCUGGCUGGCGAAACUAGAAGAGUCCCUGGUGAACUGCGCCCAAACUGAGACUUGUGAAGGGCUGAAGAAAGUAAAGGAAAUGCAGAAAGAACUUCAAAGCCAGCAAAGCAACAUCAGCUCCACCCAAGAAAACCUCAAUAGCUUGUGCCGCAAGUACCAUUCGGCGGAGCUGGAGCGCCUGGGCGGGGCAAUGACGGGCCUGACCAAGAAGCACGAAGCUGCCAGCCAGCUGUGCUCCAGGACACAGGCCAGCCUUCAGGAUUCUCUGGAGAAACACUUCCAUGAGUCCAUGAAGGAAUUCCAAGAAUGGUUUUCUGGAAUAAAAGCAGCAGCAAAAAAAUCAUCAGACAGAACUGGUGACAGCAAAGUUCUAGAGGCGAAGCUUCGCGAUCUUCAGACCAUUUUGGACUCGGUCGGUGAUGGGCAGCGCAAGCUUGAUGCUGUGACUCAGGAAGGACAAACGUUGUAUGCACAUUUGCCUAAACAAAUGGUCAGUAGCAUUCAGGAGCAGAUUACCAAGGCAAAUGAGGAGUUUCAAGCAUUUCUGAGACAAUGCCUCAAAGACAAGCAGGCUCUUCAAGACUGUGCUCUGGAACUUGGGAGCUUUGAGGACCAGCACAGAAAACUGAAUUUAUGGAUCCAUGAAAUGAAUGAGAGGUUAAGCUCAGAAAACUCAGGAGAGAGUAAACAGCACAUUCCUGAGAAGAAAAACGAAGUUCAUAGGGUUGAAAUGUUUCUGGGUGAACUCCUGGCUGCCAGAGAGUCCCUGGACAAGCUCUCGCAGCGCGGGCAGCUGCUCAGCGAGGAAGGCCACGGCGCCGGGAAGGAAGGGCGCCUGUGCUCCCAGCUGCUCACCAGCUACCAGGGCCUGGUCAGGAUGACCAAGGAGAAGCUGCGCCGCUGCCAGGCGGCCCUGCAGGAGCACGAGGCCCUGGAGGAGGCCCUGCAGAGCAUGUGGGCCUGGGUGAAGGGCGUGCAGGACAAGCUGGCCUGCGCAGACAGCACCGUGGGAAGCAAGGACACCCUGGAAAAACGGCUGUUACAGAUACAGGACAUCCUCCUGAUGAAAGGGGAAGGGGAAGUCAAGCUGAAUAUGGCCAUUGGCAAAGGGGAACAGGCCUUGAGAAGUAGCAACAAAGAAGGUCAGAAGGUGAUCCAGACCCAGCUACAGACCCUUACAGACGUGUGGGCCAACGUCAUGAGCUCCUCCGUCCACGCUCAGAGCACUUUAGAGGCUGUGAUUAGCCAAUGGAAUGACUACCUGGAGUGGAAACACCAGUUGGAGCAGUGGAUGGAAUCCGUAGACCAAAAAGUGGAACAUCCCUUGAAACCGCAGCCAGGUCUGAAAGAGAAGUUUUGCCUUCUGGACCACUUCCAGUGCAUCGUCUCGGAGGGCGAGGAUCACGCCGCAGCCCUGCACCGCCUCACUGCCAGGUCCAGGGAGCUCUACCAGAAGACUGAGGAUGCGUCUUUCAUGGAGACGGCUCAAGAGGAGCUGAAAACACAGUUUAAUGAUAUAAUGACCGUUGCCAAGGAGAAAAUGCGGAGCGCGGAGGAGAUGGUGAAGGACCACCUCCUGUAUGUGGACGCCGUGCAGGAGUUCACAGACUGGCUCCACUCGGCCAAGGAGGAGCUUCACCGCUGGUCGGACCCGUCCGGAGACUCGUCCGCCACCCAGAAAAAGUUGUCUAAAAUUAAGGAGCUGAUGGAUUCCAGAGAGACCGGGGCCAGCCGCCUGAGCAGAGUGGAGUCCCUGGCUCCCGCCGUGAAGCAGCACACAGCGGCCAGCGGGAGCGAGCUCCUGGACGCAGAGAUGCAGGCCCUGCGCGCCGACUGGAAGCAGUGGGAAGACAGCGUGCUCCAGACGCAGGGCAGCCUGGAGAGCCUGGUCAGCCAGAUGGCCCUUUCGGAGCAGGCGUUCUCAGGCCAAGUGGCCGCACUGGAGCGGGCCCUGGAGCAGCUCAGCACCCUUCUCACAACGUGGGCUCAGCAGCUAGCCCUCCUGGAAGGCAAGAACACAGAUCAGGAGAUAGUGGAGAGCUGGGAGAAGGGGCGCGAGAUACUGGAUGCUCUACAAAAAGCAGAGCCUAAGACAGAGGAUCUCAAGUCUCAGCUGAAUGAACUUUGUCGAUUUUCCAAAGACCUGAGUCCAUACAGUGGAAAAGUUUCUGCCUUGAUUAAAGAAUAUAAUUGUCUUUGUCUGCAAGCAUCCAAGGGCUGUCAGAAUAAAGAACAGAUUUUGCAGCAAAGAUUUCGAAGAGCCUUCAAGGAUUUCCAGCAGUGGUUGGUUAAUGCGAAAAUCACUACCGCCAAAUGUUUUGAUAUACCUCAAAAUAUUAGUGAAGUUCAAACAAGUCUUCAGAAAAUACAGGAGUUUUCAUCAGAAAGUGAGAAUGGACAGCACAAGCUAAAUGUGAUGCUAUCUAAAGGGGAACUUUUGAGUUCUCUGCUGACCAAAGAGAAAGCUAACGGUAUCCAGGCGAAAAUUGCAAAUGCAAAAGAGGAUUGGAAAAAUUUUCAUUCAAAUCUUCACCAAAAGGAAUCUAUCCUAGAGAAUCUAAAGAUCCAAAUGAAGGACUUCGAAGUCAGCGCUGAGCCCGUGCAGGACUGGCUGAGUAAAACCGAGAAGAUGGUGCACGAAAGCAGCAACCGCCUGUACGACCUGCCGGCCAAGAGGAGGGAGCAGCAGAAGCUCCAGUCUGUCCUUGAGGAAAUAAACUGCUACGCGCCUCAGCUCCACAGGCUAAAAGAGAAAGCGCAGCAGCUGUGGGAAGGUCAAGCUGCCAGCAAGAGCUUUAUGCACAGAGUGUCGCAGCUGUCUGCUCAGUAUCUAGCGCUAAGCAAUGUGACAAAGGAGAAAGUGUCGAGACUGGAUAGAAUUGUUGCAGAACACAGUCAGUUCUCCCUCGGCGUGAAAGAGCUGCAAGACUGGAUGACAGACGUGGUUCACAUGCUGGAGUCUUACUGCCACCCCACCUCCGACAAGAGCGUGCUGGACAGCAGGAUGCUCAAGCUGGAGUCUCUAUUAUCGGUGAAACAGGAAAAGGAGAUCCAGAUGAAAAUGAUCGUGACGAGAGGGGAAUCCGUCCUGCAGAGCACGGCUCCGGAAGGCAUCCCCGCUCUUCAGCAGCAGCUGCAGAGUGUGAAGGAUGUGUGGGCUUCCCUUUUGUCUGCAGCCAUCCGUUGCAAAAGUCAACUGGAGGGAGCUCUCUCUAAGUGGACAAGUUACCAGGAUGACGUCCGGCAGUUUUCUGGUUGGAUGGACAGUGUGGAAGCCAGCUUGAACGAAUUGGAAAGGCCGUGUGCAGAACUGCGGGAGAAGACAGCUGCUCUCGGGAAAGCCAAGUUAUUAAAUGAAGAAGUGCUGAGUCACAGCAGCUUGCUGGAAACCAUUGAAGUCAAAGGAGCUGGCAUGACGGAGCACUAUGUCACCCAGUUAGAGCUCCAGGAUCUGCAGGAACGAUACAGAGCCAUCCAGGAGAGAGCCAAGGUACGGGUGUGCCAUGUGAAUGCCUCUCCCCUGCAGGAGCUGCAGGUGCACUGCGCCGAGGGACAGGCGCUGCUGAACUCGGUGCUGCACACCCGAGAGGAAGUGAUCCCCUCGGGCCUCCCGCAGACGGAGGACCGGGCGUUGGAGUCUCUCCGGCAGGAGUGGCAGGCUCACCAGCAGAGACUGUCCGAGACCCGGACGCAGUUCAAUAAUGUCGUCAACAAGCUGAGGCUGAUGGAACAGAAGUUCCAGCAGGUGGACGGGUGGCUGAGAACCCUGGAGCAGAAAGUGAGUCUCAGGGCUGGUCGUCAGUCCAACCGGGCAGCCAAGGAGGCGCAGUUACAUCAGAUGAAGAAGUGGCACGAAGAGAUCACCACCUACAGAGACGAAGUGGAGGACGUGGGAGCCAGAGCCCAGGAGAUCCUGGACGAGCGCCGCGUGAGCAGCCGGCUGGGCUGCCAGGCCACCCAGCUGACGUCCAGAUACCAGGCCCUUCUUCUCCAAGUGCUGGAACAAAUAAAAUUCCUGGAGGAAGAGAUCCAGAGUUUGGAGGAAGCUGAGUCAUCUCUAAGCUCCUAUUCUCAUUGGUACAGCUCUACUCAUAAAAACUUCAAGAAUGUGGCUGCCAAAAUUGAUAAAGUAGAUAAGGCAAUGAUGGGGAAAAAGAUGAAGACGCUGGAGGGCUUGCUAAAAGACAUGGAGAAAGGCCACAGUUUGCUGAAGUCGGCCCGGGAGAAAGGAGAGAGGGCUCUGGCAUACCUGGAGGACGGCGAGGCAGACGCUUUAAGAAGCAAGAUCCAUGGUCACGUGGAGCAAUUGAACGAGCUGACCAGCACUGUUCGGAAGGAGCACAUGACCCUGGAGAAAGGCCUUCAUUUAGCAAAGGAAUUCUCGGAUAAAUAUAAAGCACUUACUCAGUGGAUCGCCGAAUACCAAGAGAUCCUGCACGUUCCUGAGGAACCCAAAAUGGAAUUAUAUGAGAAAAAGGCUCAGUUAUCUAAGUACAAGUCACUUCAACAGACGGUGCUGUCCCAUGAAUCAUCGGUGAAAUCAGUGAGAGAGAAAGGUGAUGCUCUUCUGGACCUGGUGCAGGACCGUGCUUUGAAGGAUAAGAUCGCUAAGCUUCAAAGUGACUAUCAGGCCCUCUGCAGCGCGGGAAAGGAACAUGUUCAUAGUCUUGAGGUGAAGGUCAAAGACCAUGAAGACUACAACAGUGAGCUCCAGGAGGUGGAAAAGUGGCUGCUGCAGAUGUCCGGCAGGCUGGUGGCCCCUGACCUCAUGGACACAAGCAGCCUAGAGACAAUCACCCAGCAACUGGCCCACCACAAGGCAAUGAUGGAAGAAAUUGCUGGCUUUGAGGACCGUCUGAACAACCUGAAAACUAAAGGCGACACUUUGAUCAGCCAGUGUGCAGAGCACCUCCAAGCGAAACUUAUACAACAUGUGCAGGCGCAUCUGCAGGGCACGAGGGACAGCUACUCCGCCAUCUGCAGUACCGCCCAGCGGGUGUACCAGAGUUUGGAACAUGAACUGCAGAGGCAUGUCAGUCGCCAAGACACGCUGCAGCAAUGCCAGGCCUGGCUUUCUGCCAUCCAACCUGAUUUAAAGCCAAGCCCGCACCCACCUCUGAGCAGGGCAGAAGCCGUGAAGCAGGUCAAGCACUUCAGAGCUUUGCAGAAGCAGGCCAGGACCUACUUGGACCUCCUCUGCUCCAUGUGCGACUUGUCGAACUCUUCAGUGAAAACCACGGCAAAAGACAUUCAACAAACAGAGCAAAUGAUUGAACAAAGGCUUGCCCAGGCUCAGACCUUAACUCAGGGCUGGGAGGAGAUCAAGCACAUGAAGGCUGAGCUUUGGAUUUACCUCCAGGAUGCCGACCAGCAAUUGCAGAAUAUGAGGCGGAGACACGCGGAACUGGAGCUCAAUAUUGCACAGAACAUGGUUUCCCAAGUGAAGGAUUUUGUUAAGAAACUACAGUGCAAACAGGCGUCGGUGACGGCUAUUACGGAAAAGGUGGAUGAGUUAACCAAGAAGCAGGAGUCUCCGGAACACAAGGAGAUCAGUCAUCUGAACGACCAGUGGCUGGAUCUGUGCCUUCAGUCCAACAGCCUGUGCUUGCAAAGGGAAGAGGAUCUCCAGAGGACAAGAGACUACCAUGACUGCAUGAGUGUCGUCGAGGUGUUCUUGGAAAAAUUUACUACAGAAUGGGAUAACUUGGCCAGAUCCGAUGCAGAGAGCACCGCGGUCCACCUGGAAGCUCUGAAGAAGCUGGCGUCGGCCUUGCAGGAGAGGAAGCAGGCCAUCGAGGACCUGAAAGACAGAAAGCAGAGCGUGAUCGAGCAUCUGAAUUUAGAUGACAGGGACCUAGUCAAAGAGCAGACGUGUCACCUUGAACAGCGUUGGUCUCAGCUGGAGGACCUCAUUAGCAGGAAAAUCCAAGUCUCGGUCGCCAACCUGGAGGAGCUGAGCGUGGUGCAGGCCAGGUUCCAGGAGCUGAUGGAGUGGGCGGAGGAGCAGCAGCCCAGCAUCGCCGAGGCCCUCAAGCAGAGCCCCCCUCCGGACGUGGCUCCCAACCUUCUCAUGGACCACCUCACCGUCUGCAGUGAACUGGAGGCCAAGCAGAUGCUCCUGAAAUCCCUCACGAAGGACGCGGACAGGGUGAUGGCGGAUCUCGGCCUGAACGAGCGGCAGGUCAUCCAGAAGGCGCUCGCCGACGCACAGAGGCAUGUCCAUUGUCUCAGCGACCUCGUGGGCCAGAGACGCAAGUACCUGAACAAGGCCCUGUCCGAGAAGACCCAGUUUCUCAUGGCGCUGUUCCAGGCGACCAGCCAGAUCCAGCAGCACGAGCGAAAGAUACUGUUUCGCGAGCACAUCUGCCUGUUACCAGACGACGUGAGCAAACAGAUCAAAGCCUGUCGGAGCGCCCAGGCCAGCCUCAAGACCUACCAAAGUGAAGUCACUGGCCUCUGGGCGCAGGGCCGUGAGUUGAUGAAAGGAGCCACGGAGCAGGACAAGGGCGAAGUGCUGGGCAAGCUCCAGGACCUGCAGGGCGUGUACGACGCUGUCCUGCAGAAGUGCAGCCAGAGGCUCCAAGAGCUGGAGAAGAGCUUCGUGUCCAGGAAGCAUUUCAAGGAAGAUUUUGAUAAAGCUUGUCACUGGCUGAAACAAGCAGACAUUGUCACCUUUCCUGAGAUCAACCUAAUGAAUGAGAGUUCAGAGCUGCAGGCACAACUGGCCAAAUACCAGCACCUCCUCGAGCAAUCUCCGGAAUACGAAAGCCUCCUCCUGACCCUGCAGAGGACCGGGCAGGCCAUACUGCCCUCGCUGAGCGAAGUCGAUCAUUCCUACCUGGACGAGAAGCUGAACGCUCUGCCCCAGCAAUUUAAUGUCAUCGUCGCCUUGGCCAAAGACAAGUUCUACAAGGUCCAGGAAGCCAUUCUCGCUCGGAAAGAGUACGCCUCCUUGAUCGAGCUGACCACCCAGUCUCUGAGCGACCUGGAGGACCAGUUCCUAAAGAUGAGCCCCGUCCCCAGCGCCCUGACGGUGGAGGAGGCGCUGUGCCUUCAGGAGGGCUGCAGGGUGCUCCUGGGCGAGGUGGUGGGCCUCGGGGAGGCCGUGGAUGAGCUGAGCCAGAAGAAGGAAAGUUUCCGCAGCACUGGGCAGCCGUGGCAGCCCGACAGGAUGCUGCAGCUCGUCGCCUCGUACCACAGGCUGAAGCGGCAGACAGAACAGAGGGCGAGCUUACUGGAGGACACCACGGCUGCGUAUCAAGAGCACGAGAAGAUGGGCCAGCAGCUGUGGAAACAGCUGGAGGCCGUGCGGGCAGAGCAGUCCCAAGUGAACGAGGAGACGCUGCCCGCGGAGGAGAAGCUCAAGCUGUAUCACUCCCUGGCGGGAAGCCUCCAGGACUCGGGGAUUCUGCUCAAACGCCUGGCCAUGCAUCUCGAAGAUCUGGUCCCACACCUCCACCCCUCGGCUUACGAGAAAGCCAAGCAGCAGAUCCAGGCCUGGCAGGAGGAGUUAACACUGCUGACUGCGGCCAUCGGCGCCACCGUGACCGAGUGUGAGAGCCGCAUGGUGCAGAGUAUAGACUUCCAGACCGAGCUGAGCCGCUCCCUGGCCUGGCUGAGGGGUGUGCAGGCGGAACUCGGCGGGCCCGUGUGCCUGGACCUGAACCUCCGGGACAUCCAGGAGGAGAUCAGGAAGGUGCAGAUUCACCAGGAAGAGGUGCAGUCCAGCCUCAGGAUCAUGAAGGCCCUGAGCGACAAGGAGACAGAGAGAUUCACCAAAGCCAAGGAGCUGAUUUCCGCCGACCUGCAGCACACGCUGGCCGAGCUCUCGGAGCUGGACGGAGACAUUCAGGAAGCUUUACGCACCAGGCAGGCUACGUUGACUCAAAUAUAUAGUCAAUGUCAAAGGUACUAUCAAGUGUUUCAAGCCGCGAGCGACUGGCUUGAGGAUGCCCACGAGAUGCUGCAGCUGGCAGGCAGCGGCCUGGACGUGGAGAGUGCGGAGGACAGUCUCAGAAGCCACACGGAGUUUUUUAGCGCAGAGGAUCAGUUCCAGAGUAACCUGGAGGAGCUCCAUGGCCUGGUUGCCACCCUGGACCCACUCAUCAAGCCAACUGCCAAAGAGGAGCUUGCACAGAAAAUGACGACCCUGGAGGAGAAGAGCCGGAGGGUGAUCCAGGACUCCCACGCCCAGCUCGAUCUCUUGCGGAGGUGUGCAGCUCAGUGGCAGGAUUACCAGAAAGCAAGGGAAGAGGUUAUCGAAUUGAUGAAUGCUGCCGAAAAGAAGUUGUCUGAAUUUUCUUUACUGAAGACUUCUUCCAGUCAUGAAGCAGAAGAAAAACUGUCCGAGCACAAGGCUUUAGUGUCAGGGGUUCACUCCUUCCACGAGAAAAUCGUGGCCCUGGAGGGUGAGGCUUCGCAGCUGGAGAAAGCCGGCAACGACGCCAGCAAAGCGACCAUCGGCAGAUCCAUGACCACGGUCUGGCAGCGCUGGGCGCGGCUCCGGGCGGUGGCCCAGGACCAGGAGAAGAUCCUGGAGGACGCGGCGGAUGCAUGGAAGAACCUCGGCAAGAAGGUUAAGAAAGCCACUGACACGAUCAAUCAGCUAGAAGGCAAAUUACCGGGAAGUUCGGCAGAGAAAGCCUCAAAAGUGGAACUCUUAGCUCUGCUGGAGCAUCACGACACGUUCACGCUGGAGCUGGACCAGCAGCAGGCGGCCCUGGGCAUGCUGCGGCAGCAGGCGCUGAGCAUGCUCCCGGAUGGGGCCACUCCACCCCCCGGGGAGGAGCCGCCCGUCAUGCAGGAAAUCACAGCCAUGCAAGAUCGGUGCCUGAACAUGCAGGAGAAAGUGAGGAGCCACGGCAAGGUGGUGAAGCGGGAGCUGAAGGACCGAGAAGGGGUGGAGACUCAAAUCAAUUCUGUGAAAUCUUGGGUUCGGGAAACGAAGGAAUAUUUGGAGAAUCCAACAAUAGAAAUAGAUGCUCAACUUGAAGAACUUCAGAUUCUCCUAACAGAAGCCACAAAGCACCGACAGAACAUUGAGGCAGUAACCGAGGAGCAGAAGACCAAGUACUUGGGUCUUUAUGCUAUACUACCUUCUGAGCUCUCCCUGCAGCUAGCGGAGGUGGCAUUGAACCUAGGAACUGUCCAUGAUCAGAUCCAGGACAGAGUAAAACAAAUUGAACAGAGCAAGGCCACGAGCCAGGAGUUCAGCCAGCAAAUUCAGAAGAUAACCAAAGAUCUCACAACUAUUCUAACUAAGCUGAGAGCAAAGACAGAUAACUUAGUUCAAGCUAAAGCUGACCAAAAGGUGCUAGGGGAGGAAUUGGAUGCCUGUAACUUAAAGUUAAUGGAACUGGAUGGAGCCAUACAAAAGUUCUCGGAACAGAAUGGCCAACUGGGUAAGCCGCUGACCAAGAAGGUCGGGAAACUGACGGAACUCCACCAGCAGACCAGCAGGCAGGCUGAGACUCGGUUCUUCAAGCUCAGCCAGGCAACAUCACAUUUAGAAGAAUACAAUGAACUGCUUGAAUUCAUUUUGAAGUGGAUUGACAAAGCUAAAGUAUUGGUACAUGCAAAGAUUGUGUGGAAUUCUGCAAAACAACUUCGGGAACAAUACAUUUCACAUCAGGUAACUUGGGUAAAAAUAGUUUUCAAAGAGCAAACAAUGGUGCUUUAUAGUGGAGGUAUAGUGCUCACCUCUGCUGAGCCUUCUUUGACUGUGAUGCUAUUCUUCAUCUUGAACUUGAACUUGAAGUGCUUAAUUAAUGACAUUCAUAUUUCUUUUCCUCCGCAGGAUAUGAAACAAUUUGAAGCAGAGCUGAAGCACCUACAAGUGGCUCUGGAGCAAGCCCAGACAACCCUGGCUUCCCCGGAAGUGGGACGCCUUAGUCUCAAGGAGCAACUCUCUCAUCGACAGCACCUGCUGUGUGAGGUGGAGUCGCUGAAGCCGAAGGUACAUGCUGUGCAGACCUGCCAGAGCGCGCUCCGCAUCCCCGAGGACGUGGUCACCAGCUUGCCGCUCUGCCACGCGGCCCUGCAGCUGCAGGAGGAGGCCAGCCGGCUGCAGCACGUGGCCAUCCAGCAGUGCAACGUCAUGCAGGAGGCUGUGAUGCAAUAUGAACAAUAUGAACAAGAGAUGCAGAGCCUCCAGGAGCUGAUAGAAGGAGCCCACAGAGAGAUCGAGGAUACGCCCAUGGCCACCAGCAACAUCCAGGAGCUGCAGGCCCAGAUUUCUCGGCACGAGGAGCUGGCUCAGAAAAUCAAGGGCUACCAGGAGCAGAUCGCCUCCUUGAACUCCAAGUGCAAGAUGCUGACAAUGAAAGCUAAGAACGCCACCAUGCUGCUGACGGUGACGGGGGUGGAGGGGCUGGCGGAGGACUUGGACCGGGAGCUCCUCCCAGCCACCUCCGCCCACCCCUCUGUGGUCAUGAUGACUGCAGGUCGCUGUCACACUCUGCUCUCACCUGUCACUGAGGAGUCUGGGGAGGAAGGAACCAGCAGUGAGGUCUCCUCUCCGCCUGCCUGUCGCUCCCCGUCUCCUGUGGCAAACACCGAAGCUUCUGUGAACCAGGAUAUUGCUUAUUACCAAGCCUUGUCUGCCGAGAGGUUGCAGACCGAUGCCGCAAGGAUCCAGCUGCCACCCCAGGAGUUCUAUGAGCCAGGACUGGAGCCCUCAGCGACCGCUAUGCUGGACAACCUGCAGCGUUCCUGGGAAACUUUAAAGAACGUGAUCAGUGAAAAGCAGCGCACGCUCUACGAAGCUCUGGAACGCCAGCAGCGGUACCAGGACUCCCUGCAGGCCAUCUCCACGAAGAUGGAGGCCAUCGAGCUGAAACUCGGUGAGAAUCUGGAGCCGGGCCGGAGUCCAGAGAGCCAGAUGGCUGAGCAUCAGGCACUGAUGGAUGAGAUCCUCAUGCUCCAAGAUGAAAUCAGCGAGCUGCAGGCAUCCCUCGCGGAGGAGCUGGUGUCUGAGUCCCCGGAGUCUGACCCCGCGGAGCAGCUGGCCUUGCAGUCCACGCUCACUGUCUUGGCGGAGCGCAUGUCCACCAUCAAGAUGAAGGCGUCAGGGAAACGACAGCUUUUGGAGGAGAAGUUAAAUGAUCAGCUGGAGGAACAGAGGCAGGAACAGGCCCUGCAGAGGUACCGCUCUGAAGUCGACAAGCUGGACCACUGGCUCUUGAGCACUAAGGCCACUCUGGACGUCGCGCUGGGCACCUCCAAGGAGCCCAUGGACAUGGAGGCCCAGCUGGUGGACUGCCAGAACAUGCUGGUGGAAAUCGAGCAGAAGGUGGUGGCCCUGUCGGAGCUCUCUGUCCACAAUGACAACCUGCUGCUGGAGGGCAAGGCCCACACGAAGGACGAGGCCGAGCAGCUGGCGGUGAAGCUGAGAACCCUCAAGGGGAGUCUCCUGGAGCUUCAGAGAGCCCUGCACGACAAGCAGCUGAACAUCCAGGGAGCAGCGCAAGAGAAGGAGGAUAGCGACGGUGACCCAGCUGCCACCCCGAGGCCCGGUGUCCAGGACUGGCUGGCCCAAGCUCGCUCCACAUGGGCCCUCCAGCGACAGAGCAGUCUCCAGCAACAAAAAGAGUUGGAGCAGGAGUUAGCAGAGCAGAAGAGCCUUCUCCGGUCAGUAGCCAGUCGUGGAGAGGAAAUCCUCACCCAGCACUCAGCGGCAGAGACCUCUGGUGGUGCUGGUGAAAAACCUGCUGUGUCAUCCCAGGAGUUGGGGAUGGAAGGAGAGCAGGCCCCUGCGGAAGGCCAGAUGCGGAUGAAGUGGGAGAGCCUCCAGCAGGAAGUCAGUGCCAAGCAGAGGCUGCUGCAGGACGCCCUGGCGCAGGAACAAGAGCAAGUGCUUUUUAGCAGGCCAAACCGGCUCCUGGCUGGCGUGCCCCUGUACAAAGGAGACGACCGGUUGGCCAUCACUACUCUUGCCAAAGAUAUUAAGGAAAUGUCUGAAGAGAUGGAUAAGAACAAGAACUUGUUUUCCCAAGCAUUUCCGGAGAAUAGUGAUAACCGCGAUGUUAUCGAAGACACUUUGGGGUGUCUUUUGGGGAGGCUAUCCUUGUUAGACUCAGUAGUAAAUCAACGAUGUCAUCAGAUGAAGGAAAGACUUCAGCAGAUACUAAAUUUCCAGAACGAUCUGAAGGUGCUGUGUACGUCGCUGGCUGACAGUAAAUACAUGCUUCUGCAGAAACUGGCCAAUGUGUUUGAACAGCCCGUGGCGGAGCAAAUAGAGGCAAUACAGCAGGCUGAAGAUGGGCUGAAGGAAUUGGAUGCAGGAAUUGCUGAAUUAAAAAAGCGUGGUGACAAGUUGCAGAUUGAGCAGCCCGCCCUGCAAGAACUCUCCAAACUCCAGGACAUGUAUGAUGAACUGAUGAUGACCAUCGGCUCUCGGCGGAGUGGACUGAACCAGAACCUAGCACUCAAGAGCCAGUACGAAAGGGCCCUGCAAGAUCUGGCCGACCUGCUGGAAACUGGACAAGAGAAGAUGGCCGGUGACCAGAAAAUGAUCGUGUCUUCCAAAGAGGAAGUCCAACAGCUCCUUGACAAACAUAAGGAAUACUUCCAGGGUCUGGAAUCUCACAUGAUUUUGACGGAAACGCUCUUCAGAAAGAUAAUCAGCUUUGCAGUCCUGCAGGAAACUCAACUGCACGCAGAAGUGAUGGCGCAGGCUUCCGCGGUCCUGAAAGGGGCUCACAAAAGGGGCGUGGAGCUGGAGUACAUUCUAGAGACGUGGUCCCAUCUGGAUGAGGACCAGCAGGAGCUCCGCAGGCAGCUGGAGGUGGUGGAGAGCAGCAUCCCCAGCGUGGGGCUGGUGGAGGAGAGCGAGGACAGGCUCAUGGACCGGAUCACACUCUACCAGCAUUUGAAAUCCAGCCUUAAUGAAUACCAGCCCAAAUUAUAUCAGGUGUUAGAUGAUGGGAAGCGCCUUCUGAUAUCCAUUAGCUGCUCCGAUCUGGAAAGCCAGCUGAACCAGCUCGGAGAACAAUGGCUGAAUAGUACCAACAAAGUGUCUAAGGAACUUCACAGAUUGGAAACGAUAUUGAAACACUGGACCAGAUAUCAAAGUGAGUCUGCGGCUCUAACUCACUGGUUACAGUCCGCAAAAGACAGGCUGGAAUUUUGGACUCAGCAAUCUGUGACCGUCCCCCAAGAACUGGAGAUGGUCCGUGAUCAUCUGAACGCUUUCCUGGAGUUUUCCAAAGAAGUGGAUGCCAAGUCCUCCCUGAAAUCGUCUGUUCUAAGCACCGGGAACCAGCUCCUUCGCUUAAAGAAAGUGGAUACGGCCGCCCUGCGUUCCGAGCUGUCGCACAUAGACGGCCAGUGGACGGACCUGCUGACAAAUAUUCCGACGGUCCAGGAAAAGCUCCACCAGCUCCAAAUGGAUAAGCUGCCCUCGCGCCAUGCCAUUUCGGAAGUCAUGACGUGGAUCUCUCUCAUGGAGAAUGUCAUUCAGAAGGAUGAAGAGGAUAUAAAAAAUGCCAUAGGCUACAAGGCCAUCAAUGAGUACCUUCAGAAAUAUAAGGGCUUUCAGAUAGACAUCAACUGUAAGCAGCUGACAGUUGACUUUGUGAACCAGUCUGUGCUGCAGAUCAGCACUCAGGACGUGGAGAGCAAGCGCAGCGAUAAGACUGACUUUGCGGAGCAACUCGGAGCGAUGAAUAAAAGCUGGCAGAUCCUGCAGGGCCUCGUAGCUGAGAAGAUCCAGCUGUUGGAAGGCUUAUUGGAAUCGUGGUCAGAAUAUGAAAACAAUGUACAAGGUAUGAAAACUUGGUUUGAAACCCAGGAAAAGAGACUGAAACAACAGCAUCGCGUCGGAGACCAGGCUUCCGUCCAGAACGCAAUGAAAGACUGUCAGGAUCUAGAAGAUUUGAUUAAAGCCAAAGAAAAAGAGGUGGAGAAGAUUGAACAGAAUGGACUUGCUUUGAUUCAGGACAAGAAAGAAGAAGUGUCUGGUGCUGUCGUGAGCACGCUGCAGGAGCUCAAGCAAACCUGGGCGCAUUUAGACCACAUGGCUGGGCAGUUAAAGGUACUGCUGAGGUCCGUGCACGACCAGUGGAGCCAGCACAAGGCGGCCUCCGAUGAGAUCAACAGCUGCCUCCUGGAGGCCAGGUACUCGCUCUCCCGCUUCCGCCUGCUGAUCGGCUCCUUGGAAGCUGUGCAAGUUCAGGUAGACAAUCUUCAGAAUCUUCAAGAUGAUCUAGAAAAACAGGAAAAGAGCUUACAGAAAUUUGACUCUGUCACCAACCAGCUGUUAAAACAGUGUCACCCACCUGUGACAGAAACUCUUACCAGUACCUUAAAGGAAGUCACUAUGAGAUGGAACAACUUGCUGGAAGAGGUGGCGGAGCAGCUGCAGGCCAGCAGGGCCCUCCUGCAGCUGUGGCAGAGACACCGGGACUACUCCGCGCAGUGCGCCUCCGGGGUCCAGCAGCAGGCGGGCCGCACCCAGGAGCUGCUGAAGGCGGCCGCCAGCAAGGACAUCGCAGAUGACGAAGUGGCUACGUGGGUUCACGAUUGCAAUGACCUCCUCAGAGGUCUGGGCACCGUUAAGGAUUCCCUGUUUGUUCUCCAUGAGCUGGGGGAGCAACUCAAGCAACAGGUGGAUGCUUCCGCAGCAGCAGCCAUUCACUCGGACCAGCUGUCUCUGAGUCAACACUUGUGUGCCCUGGAGCAGGCUCUUUGCAAACAGCAGAGCGUGUUACAGGCUGGAGUUCUUGACUAUGAAACCUUUACCAAGAGUUUAGAAGCUUUGGAGGCCUGGAUAGUAGAAGCUGAAGAAAUACUUCAAGGGCAGGACCCCAGCCACUCAUCUGACCUCUCGACCAUCCAGGAAAGGAUGGAAGAACUGAAGGGACAGAUGUUAAAAUUCAGCAGCAUGGCCCCCGAUUUAGACCGUCUGAAUGAGCUUGGCUACAGGCUACCCCUGAAUGACAAGGAAAUCAAAAGGAUGCAGAGUCUGAAUCGGCACUGGUCUCUCAUCUCCUCUCAGACCACAGAGAGAUUCAGUAAGUUGCAGUCAUUUUUGCUACAACAUCAGACUUUCUUGGAAAAAUGCGAAACAUGGAUGGAAUUCCUGGUUCAGACGGAGCAAAAAUUAGCCGUUGAGAUUUCAGGCAAUUAUCAGCAUCUUUUGGAGCAGCAGAGAGCCCAUGAGUUGUUUCAAGCAGAGAUGUUCAGUCGUCAACAGGUUUUGCACUCGAUCAUUACUGAUGGGCAGCGUCUUCUGGAACAAGGUCAAGUUGAUGACAGGGAUGAGUUCAACCUGAAACUGACCCUCCUCAGUCAUCAGUGGCAGGGAGUGAUCCGCAGGGCCCAGCAAAGGAGAGGCAUCAUCGACAGCCAGAUCCGCCAGUGGCAGCGCUACAGGGAGAUGGCAGAGAAGCUCCGCAAGUGGUUGGUCGAAGUGUCCUACCUGCCCGUGAGCGGUCUCGGGAGCGUCCCCAUCCCACUGCAGCAAGCGCGGACCCUCUUCGACGACGUGCAGUUCAAAGAGAAAGUGUUCCUGCGGCAACAAGGCAGCUACAUCCUGACCGUGGAGGCGGGCAAGCAGCUGCUGCUCUCUGCCGACAGCGGGGCCCAGGCCGCCUUGCAGGCCGAGCUCACGGAAAUCCAGGAGAAGUGGAAAGCCGCCAGCGUGCGUCUGGAGGAGCAGAAGAAAAAGCUGGCCUUCUUGUUGAAAGACUGGGAGAAGUGUGAGACUGGAAUAGCUGAGUCUCUGGAGAAACUGCGAACUUUCAAAAAGAAGCUUUCCCUGCCUCUGCCGGACCACCAGGAAGAGCUCAUUGCGGAGCAGAUGCGCUGCAAGGAAUUGGAAACUGCAGUGGGCAGCUGGACAGAUGACUUGGCACAGUUGACGUUACUGAAGGACACCCUCUGUGCCUACAUCAGCGCUGAUGACGUGUCCAUGCUGAACGAACGCGGGGAGCUUCUGCAGAGGCAGUGGGAAGAACUGUGCCGCCAGCUCUCCCUACGGCGGCAGCAGGUCAGCGAGAGACUGAAUGAAUGGGCAGUCUUCAGUGAGAAGAACAAAGAGCUUUGCGAAUGGCUGACUCAGAUGGAGAGCAAAGUUUCCCAGAAUGGAGACAUCCUCAUUGAAGAAAUGAUAGAGAAGCUCAAGAAGGAUUAUCAAGAGGAAAUUGCUAUUGCCCAAGAGAACAAAAUACAGCUCCAACAAAUGGGAGAGCGACUCGCUAGAGCCAGCCACGAGAGCAAGGCCUCGGAGAUCGAAUACAAGCUGGGAAAGGUCAAUGACCGGUGGCAGCAUCUCCUGGACCUCAUGGCAGCCAGGAUCAAGAAGCUGAAGGAGACUCUGGUGGCGGUCCAGCAGCUGGAUAAGAACAUGAGCAGCCUGAGGACCUGGCUGGCUCACAUUGAGUCAGAGCUGGCCAAGCCCAUCGUCUAUGAUUCCUGCAACUCGGAAGAAAUACAGAAGAAGCUCCAGGAGCAGCAGGACCUUCAGAGAGACAUAGAGAAGCACAGCACGGGCGUGGCUUCCGUCCUCAACCUGUGUGAGGUCCUGCUGCAUGACUGCGACGCGUGUGCCACCGACGCCGAGUGUGACUCCAUCCAGCAGGCCACGCGGAACCUGGACCGGCGAUGGAGAAAUAUCUGUGCCAUGUCCAUGGAAAGAAGGCUCAAAAUUGAAGAGACAUGGCAGUUGUGGCAGAAGUUUCUGGAUGACUAUUCGCGUUUUGAAGAUUGGCUCAAGACUUCCGAAAGGACAGCCGCCUUCCCCAGCUCUUCCGGGGUGCUCUAUACAGUUGCCAAGGAAGAACUGAAGAAAUUCGAGGCUUUCCAGCGACAGGUGCACGAGAGCCUGACCCAGCUGGAGCUGAUCAACAAGCAGUACCGCCGCCUGGCCCGAGAGAACCGCACCGACUCCGCCUGCAGCCUAAAGCAGAUGGUCCACGAAGGCAACCAGCGAUGGGACAACCUGCAGAAGCGCGUCAGCUCCAUCUUGCGCAGACUCAAGCAUUUCAUUGGCCAGCGUGAGGAGUUUGAGACGGCACGGGACAGCAUUCUGGUGUGGCUGACGGAGAUGGAUUUACAGCUCACUAAUAUUGAGCACUUUUCCGAGUGUGAUGUUCACGCUAAAAUAAAGCAGCUCAAGGCCUUCCAGCAGGAAAUUUCAUUGAACCACAACAAGAUUGAGCAGAUCAUUGCCCAAGGAGAGCAGCUGAUUGAGAAGAGCGAGCCCUUGGACGCGGCGGUCAUCGAGGAGGAGCUGGACGAGCUGCGGCGCUACUGUCAGGAGGUCUUCGGGCGCGUGGAGAGAUACCACAAGAAGCUGAUCCGCCUGCCUCUCCCAGACGAUGAGCACGACCUCUCUGACCGGGAGCUGGAGCUGGAGGACUCGGCAGCUCUCUCAGACCUCCGCUGGCAUGACACCUCCGCGGACAGCGUGCUGUCCCCCCAGCCUUCCUCCAACCCCUCCCUCUCCCUCGCCCAGCCCCUCCGGAGCGAGCGGUCAGGACGAGACACCCCUGCCAGUGUGGACUCCAUCCCCCUGGAGUGGGACCAUGACUAUGACCUCAGUCGUGACCUGGAGUCUGCCGUGUCCAGAACUCUGCCCUCUGAGGAUGAAGAGGGUCAGGAAGACAAAGAUUUCUACCUCAGGGGAGCUGUUGGCUUAUCAGGGGAUCCCAGUGCCUUAGAGUCACAGAUCCGACAACUGGGCAAAGCCUUGGACGACAGCCGCCUUCGGAUGCAGCAAACAGAAGAUAUCAUCCGCAGCAAAACUCCCACAGGACCAGAGCUGGACGCCAGCUACCGCGGCUACAUGAAACUGCUGGCGGAGUGCAGCGGCAGCAUCGACUCGGUGAGGAGGCUGGAGCACCAGCUGAAGGAGGAAGAGGAGAACUUCCCCGGCUUCGUGAACCUGAACAGCACUGAAGCCCAGACGGCCGGUGUGAUUGACCGGUGGGAGCUCAUCCAGGCGCAGGCCCUGAGCAAGGAGCUGCGGAUGAAACAGAACCUCCAGAAGUGGCAGCAGUUCGGCUCCGACCUGAACAACAUCUGGACCUGGCUGGGGGCGACAGAGGAGGAGCUGGAGCGGCUCCGGCGCCUGGAGCUCAGCACCGACAUCCAGUCCAUUGAGCUGCAAAUCAAAAAGCUCAAGGAGCUGCAGAAAGCCGUGGAUCACCGCAAAGCCAUCAUCCUCUCCAUCAACCUGUGCAGCUCCGAGUUCACGCAGACGGGCGGCGAGGAGAGCCAGGCCCUGCAGGACCGCCUGUCCCAGAUGAACGCGCGCUGGGACCGGGUGUGCUCCCUGCUGGAGGAGUGGCGGGGCCUGCUCCAGGGCGCGCUGAUGCAGUGUCAGGAUUUCCAUGAGAUGAGUCAUGGCUUGCUUCUCAUGCUGGAGAACAUCGACAGGAGGAAAAAUGAAAUUGUUCCUAUCGAUUCUCACCUCGAUGCAGAAAUACUGCAGGACCAGCACAAGCAGCUUACGCAAAUAAGGCAGGAGCUCUUGGAAUCCCAGGUCAAAGUGGCCUCGCUACAAGACAUGUCUUGCCAGCUGUUGGUGAACGCUGAAGGCACAGACUGCUUAGAAGCCAAAGAAAAGGUCCAUGUGAUUGGAAAUCGGCUCAAACUGCUCUUGAAGGAGGUCGGUCGUCACCUCAAGGAGCUGGAGAAGUUACUGGACAUGUCGAGCAGUCAGCAGGAUCUGUCCUCCUGGUCUUCUGCUGAUGAACUGGACACCUCGGGAUCUCUGAGUCCUACGUCAGGGAGAAGCACCCCAAACAGACAGAGAACGCCACGAGGCAAAUGUAGUCUCUCACAGCCUGGACCCUCUGUCAACAGUCCACAUAGCAGGUCCAUAAAAGGUGGCUCCGAUUCCUCCCUUUCUGAGCCUCAGCCAGCUCGGUCGGGCCGAGGUUUCCUGUACAGAGUCCUCAGAGCAGCCCUUCCCCUUCAGCUGCUCCUGCUGCUCCUCAUCGGGCUCGCCUGCCUGGUACCAAUGUCCGAGGAAGACUACAGCUGUGCCCUCUCCAACAAUUUUGCCCGGUCAUUCCAUCCCAUGCUCAGAUACACGAAUGGCCCUCCUCCCCUCUGAAGCAAGCAGAUGCCAUCUGCAGCGGUGCUGGUCGUGCAAGGAGGGUUUAGCCCAAAGCCAACCCAAACUAGCAAAAGGAGCACCUGGAUGCUGGCGAAGGCCUUCUGAGUGGUGGCGUUAGCCAUGUGUCCAAAUCAUGGCUUCGGAGGUGGAGGAUAAACAAUGACAGAAGGAGAGCAAAUAGAAGAAGGUGUGGAAGAAAUGUUGUUUGAAACUCUGAGCCUCAGUACUAAAGAGAUGAAGUACCUCCAACGUUCCCUGGACGCAUGUGUCCUGGGCCUUUGGCCCAUUCUAUGCACAGCCAGGACUUUAGCACACCAUCUGGGCAAGUUUCCCACGGUGUGCCCCAUCCAUUCAUUAAAUGACGCCACCUGAGCGCCACGUUGGUAUCGAACGGUCUACCAACCAACCAGUGCUGAGCCUUGUAACAUACAAUUUUGAAGAGCUUAUAUGGCAGCUUUCUUUUUGCCUUGUUUUUCUUUGGGGCAUGAUAUUCUAACCUUUGCUUUAGAAGCACAAGCUGUAAAUCUAAAAGGCACUUUUUUAAAAAGUAUAAAGAAAAACUGGAUGUAAUAAAUAAAAUCAUGGAAGGAUUUAUGUGAAAAAAAAGUUGAAUGUUAUAGUAAAAAAAGAGAUAUUUAUGUAUGUACAGUUUGCUAAAGCCAAGUUUUGUUUGUAUUGAUUUCUUUGCAUUUAUUAUAGAUACUAUAAAAUA